ACUUUUCAAAAUAUUUAAUAUGUUUCCGUGAUAAAUUAAGAAUAUGAGUGAUUUUAAGAAUAUUCUGGUUCUGUCCAAUCACAUGCAUAUUUUCUCAACCGAAAUUACGAGUCUACGAAAACGGUUCAACAAUGAGUUGGGGUCUUCUGAGAUAACAGUUCUUUGCGACUACUUACCAGAUCAAAAAAUGUUAAAUACUACAUUUCUCAAAGAUUUAUCACCCAUUUUAUUUGAUCUGAUAUCACUGCACGAAACUGUCGUGUUUUUUAUCUCAGCGUGUACCUCGAAUGUAUGUAAUUGCUUGCUGAAUACGUGUUCAGCAGCGGAAUCUAUGUGAGUUUUUCAAUCAUUUAGAUAAAUUCAAAAAGCACUGCAGAAUGGUUAUUAAGACUGAGUUAUUCUGAAGAAGACAACUGGAUAAAUGAAGAGCAAUUCAGAUCCUGUUCAUUAUUGGAAUUGGCAGCACUAUAUUCUAGUGCAAUUAUUCCUGAUACUUCAGGGCGUAAACAAGUGUUCUUUUUCUUCAAACAAUCUCCGGUGAAUUCCAAAGGGUCAUUAGAACGAUGGGAUAGACUGAAAGCAUUACUUUCCAGGAAAGGACUAAGUGUGUACGAGUAUGAGGAUUAUAGUUCGGUUGGGUUUGUUAUGGAAAAUGAGUUAUUCAAACUGAGGCAAACUCGAAAGUUAAGACUACUGAAUUCUCAUGUUUCAGAUGUAAAUCUUUAUGAACAAAAACCAAAGUUCGUUUCGACAAAGCAUCUAGAAGAAUUGGAGGAGAUUUUAGACCAAUUCUGCUUAUCUGCAUUAACAGAUAAAAAUGAUACAGUGAAAUCAUUGGACAGCAUAUUGAAUUUUUAUAAACUUAAAGAUUGGAGUUCUAAACUGAAAAGAAGUGAUCAAAAACUAAAAAAUAUUGGCGAAAACCAGCAACGAGAUUCGUUUCAUAAUCGAAUCCUUGUAAUUACUGGUCAACCUGGUAUCGGAAAAACAAGAUUUCUAACUAAUUGGUUGAAUAAACGAAAAACCACUGGUUUUACAUUUAAGCCUAAAGAUUCUAACUUGGCCAGAUUGAUAACUGUUACAACUCUCGAUGAAACAGAUAAUGAUUCACUGAAAAUAGAGAGUGAACGAAGUAUAAUCUUUAUCGAAGAGUACAUUGAGGUGAAUAAAUGCAAUUCAGAUAUAUGGCAACUGUUAGAUGAAUUAAACUUGAAAGCUAGAAAAGCACGAUGUAAAGGUCAAGAAGUGAAUCCAAACUUGGGGGCUACACUUUCUGCAUUGACUAGUGAACAGGAGGAUUUUGAAAGGGCUCGUCAGCUUCGUCAACUUGGCUCCCGCUUUUUCGCUUCAUUGAGUCCAGCUACUUUGCACAACAGGCAGUCAAAUUUGCCGAUAGUAAUUAUUAUGGAUGGUAUAGAAUAUCUUGAAGAUCCCCUGGCUAAAACACCUGAAGCGGUUAGGUGUAUCGAUUGGUUGUUUAGUUGUCAUGGAAUGGGAAACGAAGCAGCUUUAAAUGAAAAUGGCACGAUAAAAAGUGGUGGUUUGCCCAUUGUACCUAGUCGAACUCGAUUCAUUCUCACUUGCUCUUCAUCACAUUACAUAAGUCACCAUCUAGCCAAAUGUCCACUCAUCACAGUCAUAGAAUAUGCAACUGAAAUAAAACAGAAAGAAUUUCAUCAGGCCAAAUCUGUUCCAACAUCCAUUGGAAAUCUUGAGGAGGCCUACACAAUAUCUAAAGAAAAUAACACAGACUUUCAUCAACAGGAAGAACUGAUUUCCUUGUUUCCCAUUUUUUCGAAAUUGGAUAUGUUUAACCAUUAUUCAAGUGAAACAAAAUUGGAUGAUCAGUCAGAUCAAGAUUCACAACUUAUGCAUUACCUACAGAUGGUGAGAACUCGUAUAACGAAUCAUAUUUUUGUGAAAUUAUAUGAAAAUUGGAGUCUGCGGCAUAAUGCACUUGCUCGGAAUAUGUUUAUCCAUGAGUUAAAUACGACAUCGUUUGGUUUUAAUUCAUCGACCAAAUAUCCUAAGAAUAUUUCCAGUUGGGAAGAUUACAUAGAACGUCUACUGACAACUCAAUCAAUAAGGCAAUUACUGUUACACCUACUGCAGAAAUGGUCAGUUGAAUUUGAAUGUGAUAUAAUUACUGCAGAAGAAGCAAUGUUAGCAUCAUCUUCAGCUAAACGAAGGGGUUUAUCUUCACAGUCAUCCAAUGAUAGCAAUGAUGAAUAUCAAGAGCUAAGUGGAACAGAUAAAAUUAAUUUUUCAUCUUUAAGACGAAAAGCUAUGGUGCAACUUUCCAAAGACUGGACCAUAGGUUGGGUUGGAAUGGUGUUCCAUGUGAUACUGGUGGCGUUUCGAUUUACAUGGUGUAAAAAUGACACAUACAAUAAGCAGGAUGAAAGAUGUGGUUUUAAAUUUGAAGAUGUUCUGUAUAUUCUACAUCAUAUUAACUUAUCAGAAUCCUGGGUUCCUCAAUGUAUAUUACCAUCAACAAUAAUGGCCUUACAGUCACCGUUAUUAGGCUUUUAUUGUUUGCGUCUUUUUCAUCGUGUUGGUGCUUUUUCUCCAAGGAUAGGUGGUGCAAUUUUAAAUAUAACCAAUCUUCAUGGUUAUUUAACGUUUAGUCAUGAAAUGGUAUAUUCAGUUGUGCGACAGAUGCUUGCACGUGAUAAUAGUGCCACAGGAGUUCAACUCCCUUUAGCCACAACAGCGUUUAGAUGGUGUAAAGAAACUGAACAGGGUGAUACAUUAUUAAGAAUUUUAACGAAACUUCGUUCUGAAAGUUUAUCGAAAAUACCCAAUCAAUCUGUUUCUUCUCAUUCUCUUUCUCUUAUUGAAGAUAAUCUUUAUAAAUCAAAGCCGAAAAUUACUUUCAAAAAGAUCGGUCAUAAAAUACAAGCUAUCCUUUCAUUGACAGAGUCUUCAACUACUGCCUUAUACAAUGAUCAAUCUGCAGGUGAUAAAAAAGACACCGAUUCUACUGACACUGAAGAUUUCUUGUUAAUCCCGACCAUACGAAAACGCAUACCCUCAUUAUUACCAACUGUUCAGUUGAUACCUGAUAUUUAUCGAACCGUUUUGAGAUCUAGUGAUCUAUUAUCACCAAGUGUUGACUCAUCCAUUCAACUUUCAAUGGAUGAUCGUGCAAAUACACGUCACAUUAUACUACUCACUGAAAUUAUGAAUUAUCUUGUUAAAAGAUCUAAUCAUUGUUUAACGCAUACAUUUAUAUCACGUUUAAUUUUAACACAAGUUGAAUUGAUCUGUAAAGUUGACAAUCUUAAUUCAGUAAAAGCGAUUCUUAAUAAUUUGGAAUUUAUUCUAAUGCAUCCUUGUCUCCUUUUAUGCUUUGCUUUUCCGACAUAUUAUAAUGAAAUAUUUACUGGUUUUAUACCAAAUGCUCACUUAUUCAUUGGAUUUUGGCAGUUUAUUCAACAUUCAUUCAUGCUUAUCGAUAAAUACCAGGAAAAAAAAGGCGGCUCGUCAUCAGAAAGUCAUAUGACAUCAGUGACAUCAGCAGAAACACAAGAUUUGAACUCAUCAUUUGGAAGAGUAAACACUCCAACUAACAUCAGUAACAGCAAUAGUAACCAGGAAAAUACAAAUAAAUUGGUUGAUUUUGCUCAAAGUGCUUUGUACUACUUAGAGUGCAAAAGUAUUUGUCAACAAACUAACAGUGAAACAUCAAAUGUGCACAAUAACUUGGCUGAACUUAAUGAACUAUCGGGUGAAAAUAAACUAGAAUCACUUAUUUGGAUUAUUGCUGAGUUCAUUUACUUUUUGGGUAACGAGGUUGAAUCUGUAAAAACAUUAUCAAAAUUAGCCGAGAACUUUAUACAUCGUGAAACUCUCAGUAAAGCAGAUGUUGUACAGCUGAGUUACUUAGGACUAAGUGUUUCAAAGAAACUUCGUUAUCUAAGAAAUGGAGUGGACGAGUCUGUAGACGACAAAAUGAUGUUAUGUCGAUCAUUGGCUUAUGAAAUUGAAUUAAAAGUAACAGAUUGGGAAAAAGAAUUACAAAUGUUGACAGUCUGCAGUGAAGAGGAAUGUACAGUAAUGAAGCCAAACAUUUCAAUCGCUUUAGCCUACAUGAAAAUAUAUCGACUAGAAUCGAUUAUUGGAACGAUUAAAACUUGUGACGAACAACUAAAUUUGUUAGAAUAUCAAAUUAAUCAGACAAUUGAAGAUGUGAAGCAGUUCAAUUAUCAAUUCAUCGAUAAAGUAUUAUCAGCUAUAAGUAAAUAUCUCUUAGCUAAAUUGAGGUUCUUACAGAUGAAGAUAACUGACCAUGAAUCUUUAUUAUAUCAAGCUAUAAGCGAAUGUAUGGUGGAUCAAGGUGAAUAUCAUCCUCUUCUGGCUGAAUGGUUGACGAUUCUAGCUAUGUCUUUACAAAAGCCAUCUGAUGAAAAUGAAUCACCUGAAGCAAAUUUCCUUCGAAUGACACUUGGAAAUGUACGAGCACAAGCAUGUCUUCGUUGGGCUUUAGAUAUUAUGACGUAUAAUGAAGAAAUUCUGAUACGACCAGUUGUGCAUCCGCCAACAUCAGUACUUUCGAGCUUGAAGAAAUCAAUUUAUUUAAAGUUACACAAAAGCCUUCUUCAACGUCUACCAACAUAUUUAAUAAUGCCACAAAAUCAACCAACAAUUUCACUUUCAUCAUCUUUAUCACUGACAUUUACACCUAUGACUUCAAGGAGUAUAAUUAAUAGUGCAAAACAUUUAUGUUCUAGAAAAGGGUCAAAUCCUUUAACAGAUUUUUCAAGUAUCAUAUCAAAAUAUAGUAAUGCAAAUUCAUUUGAUCAUCUGAAUGUAUAUCAAUCACUUCCAGCGGAAAUUUGUUUACAGUUGACUAUCAGUCUGUUAAAGAACAGACGUCAGAUAAGUCUGCAGGAAGCCAGUUUGUAUGCAGCAUUUGUUCUACAUGAAAGAAUUCUAUUUUUAGGUGUUGAACAUCCAGCCACUACUCAAAUAUCUAGAAUCCUGGAUCUUAUACAGCACGAUCUUACUCUUAGCUCAAUAACCAAACAAACAGAGGAGAACGAUACAAGCACUAUAGAACCACGGUUUCAAACGUCAAAACUUUCUGACAGACAUGCAUCACAUGACUUAUUUCUUUCACAUCGAUCACACGAUAGAUCGCCUAGACAACUAUCAUCUUCAAGAACUCCUAAUAAAGUCGCGAAAUCAUCAUCACAAGCUUCUUUGUUAUAUGAACAGUCAACAAACGUGACUUCAUCAAUUUCAGGUACUAAUCGAACUAGCAUAGCAUCUACACGACUAAAUUAUCAACAAGCAAGAAUGAGAGAAAUAAAAUAUGAGUCACCUUUAAAACAUUUGGGUAAAAUUCAUCGUUUUCUAGCAAAGAAGAUAGACCAGACAAAUAACAUGAAAAAGUAUGCAGAUUUCAGCAUUUAUGAUAAACCACAGAAACAAGUAGUACUGAUCCAAACUAAUAGAAUAUAAAGAAGCUUAGUUUUCUUAUUCCUACAGCAAAUUGUGCAUAUUACUAAUUCAUCUAACAUGGAUUUGAAUAUUGGAAGCUGAUCAUUUGAACUCUGAAAUUAAGCAUCUUUUCGAUUCAUAUAAGUCAUAAUCGUUGUGUAGAAUGAUAAGCUGACAGAAAAAUUGUAAAACAAAACAAGUUCAGCCAGGAAUCACUCUUUCCAAUGAUAUCAUUCUCAAACUGUAUCACCACAUUAACUUGGCAAUAGAAAAAGAAUGCUUCAUG